AUGGACGGCAUUGCCUGCAUCCAACACAUUGUCCGUGACCUCAAGGUGGACCGGGAUACCUGGCAGGCAGUCGCUUGCCAGUACAAAGCUGCCUUCGAGGCCCAGACUGCUCAUCUGCGCGAGCUUCAGGACGUCUGCUUCGCCACCCAAGCCGAGCUGGAGAAUGAGCGAGCCCACCAGCAUCGAGGCCACGCCGCCUCAACCCUGACUGACAUUUCUCCAUCCCGCCCCUCUGACGGCGUCGAAAGCCCCUUUGGCACUGCCACGAUUUAUUCCCUACAUGGCGUUCGUGCAGAAUGCUCGCAACCAGUCGCUGAAGGAUGUGUCAACCCACUGUUUAAUAGAGUGCACGAGUGUGCCCAUCAGAGAAACUAUGGCACUGCUCUUUCAGAAGUUGAGCAACUACUACGUGGUACCCUUAGUCCCAAGGCCCGCGCAGAGGGCCUCCUACUGAAGAGCAAUAUCCUCAGAGCAUCAGGACCCGCUGACAUGUUUGACGCACUUGCCGUCUGCAGCGAAGCCAUAGAUCUUUGCAGCCGUCUUGCCGAACUGGAGAGCUUCCUACCCAAGAUACAGCGCCAGCAGAAUUUACUUCGCCAUGAUCUUCGUGCACUCCAUCCAGCUUCCGAUACGUUGAGCACCACUAGCAGCCAUGACGAUCUACUCUUGCCUCAAGUGAGCGCCGUCCGCAAGUCUUACGACGACGAGCUGGACAUGCUGUGUUGUGCCAAGCGCCGAUCGGGCUUUGAUGAGAACCGUACCAUGGAAGGUCUGCUUGUGCAACUCGAGGAAAAGGCCACAGACAACAAACGUCGACGUACCAGUGCGCGACUCAGGCUGCGCGCUGCCGCCAAGGCGAGACGAAUGCCUGUACCGUAUCGUUGGGUCAGAGCGAGAAGCGAGGGAUAUCACCGUGUAAGCUAA